AUGGCAAGGUGGUGUAGAACCCUUUUGUGUUGCGUCUUGAUCAUGUUGUUUGUGAACAAUGAAGUGUUGCAAAUGACUGAAGCAAGAAUGAUAGCUGGAAGCUUUCAGUGUACCUCAAAAUGCUUGCAAGGAAAGCUUGUAAACGAUGAAAAUGGCCAAGUGCCAACUUCUGGUGUCAAUACUGCCGAAGGAGACUUGGAUGCUUUUCGGCCUACCAAUCCCGGACAUAGCCCUGGGGUUGGCCAUUCCGUUCACGUCUAG